AUGCCGCGCCUUUGGUCAGCUCCCCGUCCUCUCACCGGGGACACAGUCCAGCGACUCAAAUUCGAUAUCGCGGCUGCACUGCAGAUGCUGCAUUCAGCCCAAAUCGUUCAUGGGGACGUGCACGCGGACAACAUCAUGGUCCGGCACCAACCGGCCAGUUUCGUACUGAUUGACUAUGGCGGCUGCUCGGGCGAGGCCAUAUACCCCUUGAGUAACGGCUACGGCGCCAAGGGAUAUGGCGGCGAUCUACAUCGGCCACCAACCCUGGAGGCUCCACCCGCCCCGGUCCGGACGGCGCAUGGGGACUUCUACCGGCUGAGCCAAACGAUCUUCAAACAGUUCCUGUCGGAUGAGGAGCCUACCAAACGACGCAAGGGCAGCGGCGUCAAUGACGGAGUCAGCAGGGGCAUUCCUAGCUACAUGAAGCGAGAAUUGCAACUGUGGCUGGAGCGGGACCAAUGGCCACAGCCCAUCUAUCCCAACUCCCCCUUCCCUGCUGGCUCCUGGACGGACUCUGCCUUCAACCCCGCGGUCACUGUACAUGCUGGCCUGUGGAGAGCAAACGGGGAGCUCCGGACAGAUACCGCCACCUUUGCCAGAUCAGAUGACAAGUUUGGCAACAACAACGGCUCACUGGUCCCGGAAAAGUCAGAUCCGUCAGAUCUCUCACCUGGCCUUGGAUCCUGGGAAAAGUCUGCUGUUUGGGCCAAGUUCUACCUUUCUACGGAAUUGAGGACAUGCGGCCGCCACCUCCGGUAUGUAUACCAAGAGAUCUUUCCCUGGGAAUCCUACUCCAACCAGGACGGCUACUUGGUGCUGGACAAGCCCCCUCCUCCGCCUCCGAACAAGCCAAUCGAGCAGAAGGAGGAGGCGGUGUCAAUGACAACUCCAGCAUCCCAAAGCGGGGGCAAGGCCCACUCUGCCCUGACACAGGUGUCGCCUCCAUCUCCCACCUCUCCUGCGAACAGACCCGCCAUGGAAGCCGCCCCAGCUGACAAAGGGACCAUGCAGGCUCCCUUUGACCCACCGGAAUCAGCGCCUCCUUUUCACACAGUCAUGAAGGAAGCUCAGGUCUACGACCCGAACGCCAGAUUCCGAGCGAUGGCAGCCUCAGGAGGCAGCGAUGUACCCUUCGACACCAAGGGCCACAUGCUUCAGUCUGGAGAUGCUUUUGUGGCUCGAGAUCUAGCAAGGACUCCCAAACCAGGAUCUCGAAAAACCACCAUCGAGGAUUGGUCUCGAAGCCUUCACACUGCCGCGGACCUGCUGCGUGGAGUCGCGGGGGAUAUGCAGGCCUACCCAGAUCGCUUCCUGGAAGAGCCCGCCAUCUCCAACCAGAUGCCCCUAGCGAUGUGGAGGCUCCGUAGCAGCUCGGGAUGUAUCCCCAUGGACCUGGACGAGUCUGACGAGGAGGUCCCUGAACCGGCACGAAAGUGCCGUCGCCCGACACUCACGAUGCCAACAGUUCAACGCACCCUUCGGUCGACCUUUCUGACGACUGACGAGGAAGCGGCACAAGAGGAGGAACGACAAGGCUCCGUCUGUUCAGCCCUGUGUCUAUACGCUCCACAGGCGCAGGCACCAGGCAUAUGCCUACAUCUCCCUCCUGACAUGGAUGAAAUGGAGCACAAAUUCACUCUAUGUGCAGUAGAACAGGCCGCGGCGGACUACCUACAUCGCAGGUGGGUCACCUUCGAGCAACUGGAUGCCCUGCUGGACACUAUGCCUACCACCUCUGCCUGUCGCAAUGCAUCGGUGGCACUGCCACAGUCUGUUGACCAGCGGAUUGUCACAUUCGGAGCAUACCAGCAGGGGCCACUGGCCGGUCUGAGGACACCAACGCAUCGUUUUCCGAUGGCGACGUGCCUCCUCAACACGGUCGUGCACAACAUGGCCGGACGCCAUCCACGCACGACUCUAUUCCUGGCACGCAACAUGGCCUCUGGAUUGCAUACCGACCACAAUCAACAAGGGGUGAACAACCUCCUGAUCCCUCUCUCCAACUUCGAGGGCGGCCACCUCUUUGUGGAGGACAACGCCGGGGAUUACCUGUUGGACUCCGUCGGACCCAGAGGACAAGUUCUCCCCGUGACCUUGCCCUACCUUAGUUUUGAUGCCUCACGACGACACCUGGUACUGCCAUGGACGGGACGCAGACUCAUACUCGGUACUUAUCACAUUCGAGAUGCGGACAAGCUCUCCGCGAAUUCCGCUCUGUACCUGAAGUACUCAGGUUUCGAGGUGCGUCGCACAGCUACCAGCUCCUCUAGCUUUCAACAGCAGCACAGCUGA